UGUGUGUGUGUGUUUGGAUGCACGCAGGAGAGAUGGGCUAGGACAAUACGUAACUGACUGGUUACAAUGUUAUUCAUUCAUCAUUGUAGUGUGUGUUUAUGUGUGUGUUUGUAUGUGUGUGUGAGAGAGAAUAUAGUGGUGGUGGGGUGGGGGUGUUAGUGCUUGUGUGUCAGACGGUUUUCCUGCUCGUCUCGCUCCACCAGUUAAGUUAAAUCAGAGGCAGCCACUGGCACACUGCAGUGGUCGCUCUAUCUCGCAGUCUGUCCUGCUCUUAAAGCAUCAACAACCUCCUGAUUUCGCACCACAGGACUUGUUGAGGCCCUCGCCCAAGGCCUGUAUCAGCCACCACAGACGCAGGGCCCCUGUUUAAAGGUCCCAGGAGCUGGUACUUUAAAAAGAAAAAUGCAGAAUAUAACGGCAGGAACGACAGAAGGGAUAGCUCUGACAUGCGGCAUGUCUGGAAGCCAUGAAUUCAUCUUCACCCUGGUACCCAUCGUCUACGGCUGUAUCUUUGUUGUAGGCAUUGUCGGAAACAGUAUGGUAGUGGCUGUCAUCUACUGCUACAUGAAGCUCAAGACGGUGGCCAACGUAUUUGUGCUUAACCUUGCUGUUUCUGACCUCACCUUCCUCAUCACUCUUCCCAUGUGGGCCACCUUCACCGCCACAGGCUAUCACUGGCCCUUUGGAGGAUUCCUGUGCAAGGCCAGUGCAGGGCUGGUGAUGUUUAACCUCUACACCAGCAUCUUCUUCCUCACUGCACUCAGCAUUGACCGCUAUCUUGCUAUCGUCCACCCAAUGCGAUCACGCAGGUUACGCACUGUGCUAUACGCCCGUAUCUCAUGUGUAGUGGUCUGGAUUUUUGCCUUUGUGCUUAGUGUGCCCACAGCACUGACCAGGGACGUCCUCAACAUCACAAACUACACUACAGUGUGUGCCAUUCUGCACCCGCCCAUUGAAAAUGUUGUUAGGGUGAAAGAGCUCCUGCUGGCCAUCAACCUGCUAAAAAGCUUGCUGGGCUUCUUGGUGCCCUUUGUUAUCAUCAUCACAUGUUACUGCCUCAUCGGACGGGCGCUGGUUGGGGCGAGGCACAUCCAGAAAAGUUCCCGUUCACGUGAUGACGAGGUACUGCGCAUGCUUGCAGCUGCUGUCCUAGCCUUCUUCCUGUGCUGGGUGCCCCAUCAGGUGUUCCACUUAAUGCAGGUGCUUACCCAGCUGACACCAGUGGAGAACUGUGCCAUCCUGGAAAUCAUAGACACGGCCAUGCCCUUCACUAUCUGCAUUGCCUACUUCAACAGCUGCGUUAACCCUAUUGUGUACGGAUUUGUUGGGCAUAACUUUCGCAAGAACUUACUGUGUCUGUUGCGCUGCUUGCCAAGUGGAACUAGAGGGCCUCACCCAAGCAUUAGCUCCAAGAUGAGCGCCCUCUCUUUUCGCGCCUCUGAGGCGUUGAGCCUCACAGUUAAAAGCAAGGCUUCCUCUGACGACAAGUAAAGAAGAACAAAGAGAGACAAUACGUUCACUCUUCCCGCACUAUUGCUCUGUGGUUAAGGGGCCAAGAAUGAAGAAAUUCCAUGCUUUUAAAACCCCAACUGUAUUACCAAGCACUGAACCAUGCAGAACAGAUAACAUGUUGUAUUCAUGUCCCUCUGUGACUCCAAGAGACAUUCAUUACGUUGUGCAGUGCUUAUCUGAAUAGUGAUCAUUCAUAAACCAUCAGGUCACACAGCACUCAUGCUUGUUACAUUUAUGGAGGCAGAUGUUUCUCUAGAAGCAUGUCAAAUAAAUCUCACUGACAUCAGUGAAGUAAAGAAAAUCCAGGAGUUAACCACUGUAUAUCAAAGCUA